AUGCAGAUCCAAAACAUCCUCCUCUCCCUCCUCGCCGGCGCAACCGCUGCCAUCGCCAUUCCCACUACCAGCCCUCUGCUCCAGAGCCGAAGCAUGGACUGCCCCAACCCGGAGGCGUACGAGAAGGCGAUGAACUGCAUCAACGACCCUAAGUCGGGGGUCAACAUCCAGUGCCCAACCCGCGACGAGCAUUGUGUGAGGGAUUGGAUGGAGCGGUGUGGCAAGGCGUACAAGUGCACUGUUCAUUAUUAG